CCUGUCCCAGCGCACUACCUUCUUCAACCUUUUCACACCUCAAAAAUCAGAAAAAUCAGCACAAGCAAAUUAACCAGAAAAUGGGCUCAGCCGGUGAAACCCAGAUGACUCCGACUCAAGUUUCGGACGAAGAAGCAAACCUCUUCGCGAUGCAACUGGCCAGCGCCUCAGUCCUUCCCAUGAUCCUCAAAUCGGCCAUAGAGCUUGAUCUCUUGGAAAUCAUGGCUAAGGCUGGACCUGGCGCAUACCUGUCGCCAUCAGAGGUGGCUUCCCAGCUCCCAACCACGAACCCAGAUGCACCAGUUAUGCUGGACCGUAUAUUGCGGCUCCUGGCCAGCUACUCUGUUCUCACUUACUCUCUGCGCACACUCCCUGAUGGCAGGGUUGAGAGGCUGUAUGGUCUAGGCCCUGUGUGUAAGUUCUUGACCAAGAAUGAGGAUGGUGUGUCUAUUGCUGCUCUCAAUCUCAUGAAUCAGGAUAAGGUCCUCAUGGAGAGCUGGUAUUACUUGAAAGAUGCAGUUCUAGAAGGUGGCAUUCCAUUUAACAAGGCUCAUGGGAUGACCUCUUUUGAAUAUCAUGGGAAAGAUCUCAGAUUCAACAAGGUCUUCAACAAGGGAAUGUCUGAUCACUCUACCAUUACCAUGAAGAAAAUCCUAGAGACCUACAAAGGCUUCGAGGGCCUCACAUCAGUCGUUGAUGUUGGUGGUGGGACUGGAGCUGUUCUUAGUAUGAUUGUCUCCAAAUACCCCUCUAUAAGGGGCAUCAAUUUUGAUUUGCCUCAUGUCAUCGAGGAUGCACCAUCUUAUCCUGGUGUAGACCAUGUUGGGGGAGACAUGUUUGUUAGUGUUCCAAAAGGAGAUGCCAUUUUCAUGAAGUGGAUCUGUCAUGAUUGGAGUGAUGAGCACUGCCUGAAAUUCUUGAAGAACUGCUAUGAUGCUCUUCCAAACAAUGGGAAGGUGAUUGUUGCUGAAUGCAUUCUUCCUGUAGCCCCAGACACUAGCCUGGCCACCAAGGGAGUUAUCCAUAUUGACGUUAUCAUGUUGGCUCACAAUCCUGGUGGGAAAGAGAGGACAGAGAAGGAGUUUGAGGGCUUGGCUAAAGGGGCUGGAUCAAGGGUUCCAAGUACAGUGUUGUGCUUUCAAUACCUACAUCAUGGAAUUCAUCAAAAAGCUUUGAGUAAUCGAGUCCUUGUGGGGUUGGGUACAAAUAUAUACUGAUUGCAUUUGGGUUUUGAGGUUGUGACUGUGUCUGUCUGUCUGUCUGUUUCACAAUUAGUGGCUUUCUGAAAUAUGUAGUUUCUGUUCUGAGACAGCAAGAGAGGGAAGAAGAAAACAGAAUAAUGUGCAGAUGAGAUGAUUGAAUACUUCUUGUAUGAAAUAAAAAUUUUCAACUUAGAUUCAUGUA